AUGGACAUGGAACAGUUGAAAGAUGCCUGGGUAACGGAGGAAGAAAAGGAUGGCGUUCGUUUGAGUUGGAACGUCUUUCCCAGUAACCGCCUGGAAUCGAGUCGACUUGUUGUUCCAAUCGGUGUUCUCUACACUCCUCUGAAGGUGAAAGAACAACCUCCGGUCCAGUAUGAACCAGUAACCUGCAAGAACCCUUGCCGGGCUGUUCUCAACCCUUACUGUCAAGUUGAUGCUCGCGCAAAGCUUUGGAUCUGUCCUUUCUGUCUGCAGAGGAACCAGCUUCCGCCCCAUUACAAGGAUAUUGGACCCAACUCAUGGCCACUUGAGCUUUCUCCUGCGUUCUCCACCAUUGAGUAUAAGCUUGCUCGUCCAGCAUCAGCACCACCAAUCUUCUUGUUUGUUGUUGACACCUGCCAAGAGGAGGAUUCUCUGAAGACUCUCAAGGAAUCACUGAUUGUGAGCUUGAGUUUGUUGCCUCCGCAUGCGUUGGUGGGAUUGAUUACUUAUGGAACUAUGACUCACGUCCACGAACUUGGCUACACCGAAUGCGCCAAGUCCUAUGUGUUCCGUGGAAAUAAGGACUACACCGCAAAGCAGGUCCAGGAAAUGCUUGGACUUCUUGCUGCUGGUCUUCGCCCCCAACAACAACCUAUGGCACCAGGCCGUCCAGUGCCACCUCACAUGCCACCAUCCUCGAGAUUCCUGCUACCCGUCCAGCAAUGCGAGUUCCAAUUGACCAAUGUCCUUGAGCAGCUCCAAAAAGACCCUUGGCCAGUCGCCAAUGACAAGCGUCCCCUGAGAUGUACAGGCGUGGCCUUGAGUGUUGCUGUAGGUUUGUUGGAGACCUCGUUUGGAAAUACCGGUGCAAGGAUUAUGCUGUUUGCUGGUGGACCUGGAACAGAGGGUCCAGGUCUUGUAGUUGGGCCCGAACUUAGGGAACCCAUCCGGUCCCAUCAUGAUAUUGAAAGAGAUAACAUCAAGUACUAUAAGAAGGCUACAAAGUUUUAUGAGAACAUGGCUAAAAGGGUUGCGCAUAAUGGGCAUAUUGUGGAUAUCUUCGCGGGCUGUUUGGAUCAAGUUGGUUUAUUAGAAAUGAAGUCACUCGCUAAUAACACUGGCGGCCACAUGAUCCUUACCGACAGUUUUACUUCGUCUAUGUUUAGGCAAAGUUUUGUCAAGAUAUUUGACAAGGACGCCAACGACAAUCUCCUCAUGGGAUUCAACGCUUCGAUGGAAGUUUUGACUACGAAAGAGCUUAAGGUUACAGGGUUGAUCGGCCAUGCUGUCUCUAUGAAUAAGAAAUCAACUUCCGUUGGUGAAACUGAAGUUGGAAUCGGUAACACUUGCUCAUGGAAGAUGUGCGGCAUCAAUCCCAGCACCUCCGUCGCAACUUACUACGAAAUUGCCUCUCAAGCAGGGCCUGCCCAGCAACAGCAGGGUUCUCAAAAGGGUCUUAUUCAGUUUCUUACCUACUAUCAACAUUCAUCCGGACAAUUCCACCUCCGAGUGACCACUAUUGGCCGUGACUUCAGCGGCUCCACAGGCGACCCAUCCCUCGCACAAUCUUUCGAUCAGGAGACGGCCGCAGUCCUCAUGGCUCGUAUUGCGGUUUUCAAAGCCGAUGUUGACGACGGCCCAGACGUUCUCCGGUGGGUAGACAGAAUGCUCAUCAGACUGUGUUCCCGAUUCGCGGAUUACCGUAAAGACGACCCUACCUCGUUCAGACUAGAGAAAAACUUUACUUUAUACCCACAGUUCAUGUUCCAUCUAAGACGCUCCCAAUUUUUGCAAGUUUUCAAUAACAGUCCUGACGAAACUGCAUUUUACCGACAUGUUAUCGACCGCGAGGAUGUCGGCAAUUCAUUGAUCAUGAUACAACCUACGUUGGAUUCAUAUACAUUUGACGAGCCGCCAAGGCCAGUUCUAUUGGACUCUACAUCCAUUCAACCCAACACUAUCUUAUUACUGGACACGUACUUUCAUAUUCUCAUUUUCCACGGGGAAACUAUUGCCGAGUGGAAGAAGAUUGGUUAUCAAGAUCAGGAGGGAUAUGAGAACUUUAGGGAGCUUUUGGAGCUUCCGAAAGAAGAUGCCCGUGAACUCAUUGCAGAUCGUUUCCCAUUGCCUCGAUUUAUCGUCUGCGAUGCUGGUGGUUCCCAAGCGCGUUUUCUGCUUUCAAAGCUUAACCCCUCAACUACACACACUUCGGGCGGGUAUGGCGGUGUCCCACAGAAUGCACAGACUAUAUUUACGGACGAUGUGUCGUUGCAAACUUUUAUGGAGCAUUUGAUGAAGCUUGCUGUCACAGGUACAAACUAG